CAAUCAGAAAGCAGGAUGCUCUCAAACGCGUAUUUUGAACAGCAGCACAAACGGUCUGAAGUCAUCAGGCAGAGAAGAAGGUCUGUUCAUUGUGCGAGCCGAAACUUGUCACUGCUCUGGAGUAGAACAAUGAGAAAAAGCGAGGUACUGGCGGCGGAGGCGAUCUCAUGCCUGAAUAAAGCGCUGUGCUACCUGAAGGACAUUUGGGAGGAGAUCGGGAUCCCGGAGGACCAGAGGCUUCAGAGGACCAAUGCUGUUAAAAACCACAUUAAGCAAUUACUGGAACUGAUGAUUAAAGAGGAGGAAACUCUGAAAAAGAAAGUCAUGACCAACAUCCAAACAUGCCAGACAGAACUGGAGAAACUCUACAUGGAACUCCAGAUGGCUGGAUUUGAGGAGGAGGAGGGUCUUAGCAUGCUCCAAAAAGAGAGGAACCUGCGCACACAGCUGGAGGCUCUGAAGAAGGAGAAGACCCAGCGGAUGCAGCAGCUGAAAACUCUGUUGGAGCAGGACCAGGACCUGUGUGACAUUUUGUGCUCGAUGCCGUACGGCAUCAACGCAGACUCCGUCCCUUCCCUCGAACAGCUGCAAAACUUCCAGCAACACAUUGCAACCCAGAAUAACGAGAAGGCAAAGAGAUAUGCAGAGUUCAUGGAGCUCAAGAAGCAGAUCACUUUGCACAUGGAGGAGCUGGACYGCAUCCCGGAGACCAGCUUUGAAAAGGAUGUCGUCUGCGAGGACGAGGACUCUUUUUGCCUUUCCAGAGACAACAUCACGGCUCUCAAAGUGCUGCUUUGUCAGCUGGAGGAACGUAAAGCAGAAAACGAGGCGACGUGUGAAAGUCUCAGAGAGAGGAUCCAGCAGCUGUGGGACCGACUGCAGGUUUCUCAGGAGGAAAGAGAGGCUCUGAAUGAACACUUGGUCUCUUCCAGGAAGAGGAACCUGGAGGCGUUACAAGUAGAAGUUCAGCGUUUGGAAGAKCUCAAACUCCAAAACAUCCGUAAUGUGACGGACGCCAUCCGUUCUGAGAUCGCUGUGUUUUGGGAAAAAUGCUUCUUCAGCACCGAUCAGCGGCAGGCAUUUGCUCCUUAUUUUAGCGAGGACUUUAACGAGGAGUUGUUGGCUCUGCACGACGCUGAGGUUCAGCGUUUAAAGCAGCAUUAUGAAGAUCACAAGGAGCUUUUUGAAGGAGUCAACAAGUGGGAAGAAAGCUGGAGAAUCUUCUUGGAGCUGGAGAAAAAGGCCACGGAUCCAACAAGGUUCACCAACAGAGGAGGAAACCUACUGAAAGAAGAAAAACAGAGGUCAGAGCUGCAGAAAAACCUGCCAAAGCUUGAAAAGAAAUUAAAAGAGCAAAUAGAUGCUUGGCAGAAUGAACAGGGCCAGGAGUUUCUGGUGAAUGGUCAGGAGUUUCUGCAGUAUGUGGCUCAGCAGUGGGAGCUGCACCACGUAGAAAAAGAGAACGAGAAACUUCAGAGGCUAAAGAAGACCAAGCAGACGGAGGAGGACAUGCUGUACGGAACCACUGUACGAACGCCAACGAAGCGCAGAUUCCUCAACACUCCUUCCUCCUCCAAAACAAGAAAGUUUAAUACAACGUCCAGCCUCUCCAGCGCCACCACAAACGGCACCCUGCGCUCUGCUUACGGAGGAACCGUCUGUCACUCACCUGUGUUGCGCCUCCCCCUCUCUGCAAACAAGGCUCAAACCUCAAAGACACCAGGUGGCGGUAAGCCCCCCAACCCAAGGGUUCAGGGCUGCAACAAGGAGAACAAAGCCCAGCUGAACGGGACCCCUCUGAGUGGUGCGUUGCAGACCCCACCUUGUCCACAGCUUAACCUCAGCAUAACAUCUGUUGCCAGCACAUAUUCAGAGUUUGUGAGGGACUUGGUCAACACUGAAUCCGUUAAAUCAAGCGAGACCUGUCCAAGGCCUCUAACACCAAAGACCAGCCCAACAUCCUGAACUCAACCACAACCAACCAUUGACCUCUUCAUUCUGAUGGGAUCAUUAUUGGUCCUCCAAWUAAGUUCAGGUGUCAUUAUUGAUCCCAGCUAUUGUUGUCAUUGAGUUUUAUUUGUAGAUGAAGGAUAUUACUGAGUGUUUUUAUAUUGGUGAUUUAAUAAAACAAAGGAAUCUGUCAUUAGAUGCUGAUGGGGCUAUCGUUGUUUGAUAUGCCACUGUCCAAAAAAUGUAUUCUAAAUUAAACAAACACUACUUUAGUUCUCAGACUUUUCCAGUUAUUGAGACGCAUUAAUAUUGUCUGUAUCUUAAGCUGCACCUUUUUUUUUCUUUAUAAACUAAUGAAAGUGUAACUUUCUGAAGUUAUGCAAUCGGGGUUACAGUCCAAAUGUAUUAUGAAUACACCGCACUUUUUAUAUAUGUAUAUAUCUUGCAACACGCAUUGUAGAGACGUACACUGUUCCUCCCAAAUCUGUUUUAUUAUAAAUGGACCUUUUUGUUGUGUAAAUAUUUCUGAAUCUGCUGUUCUUUUUAGGAAGUGCUCUUCCACAGAGAUUUUAAGCCAUUAAGACUCUUAUCUUAAUGGAUGAUCCAGUCACUUAGAUUUUAUAUCUUGAUUGGUUUUAAAAAGCUUUUUGAAAUAAAAGUGUAAAAAAAAAAU